AUGAUAGUUGAGCAAUUGAAGAAAAGUCGUAAGAGGUACGUCCUGGUUGGGAUUCGAUUCGAUGGCCAUAGUAAAGAGUUGCUGGAUUGGGCUCUGGUUAAAGUAGCUCAUCCUGGAGAUUGUGUAGUUGCUGUUCAUGUUUGUCAAAAUUCAGAUUCCCUUUCAAAAGUGAAAACAUCGUUGGAGGAUUAUUUGGAAGAUUAUCGAUGGCUUUGCAAUCAAAAGCAGGUGACUCUCUCUGCUGAGGUUUUCAAAGGGAAUUCUGUUGGAAAAGUUCUAGCGAGAGAGGCAAAAAAGCACGCCGCAUCAAUUGUUAUAGUGGGGAUAACAAAGCAUGGUGUAAUCGGGGGAUGGACUUCAAUUGCUAAAUACUGUGCAAAGCAACUGCCUUCGACUACUGAAGUCAUGGCUAUUAACAACGGGAAAGUUGUCUUUACAAGGAGUUCCAAUGGCCAACUAGAAGUUUCUGGACGAGAUCCGAGACCAAGUUUGCAUUUAAUGGGUAAUGUCACUUUCAAAGAUAACCAGUCUGAAUUAGUUGAAUCUGAGCCGUCAGAGAUGGGAAGACUUGGUGAUGAAGACGGUGGUCGGAGCUUGAGAGAUGAAGCUUUUAAUCCUGUUAAAAGAUGGAUUAGAGGUUCUUUGAGUUCAAUCUCUCUCAAGGUAGAGGACUUUUCACAGGUGAGGCCUGGUUGGCCCCUGCUUCAAAAAACAUUUAGUUCAAUAACUCAACCAGCUCCUGAAGCUAGACAAAUGUCUGUUGUGCAAUGGGUAAUGAGCCUACCAAAUCGAUCUUUGCUUGAAGCUUCUGAAUUGAAGUCCAAUCUAAAUGAGAUGAAUGAUACUUUAGGAAUUCAAAAUGGGAUCUCUGCAGAGAAUAGUGGAGACUACAAAUUGUCUGUUCGCAGGGAGGAGGCAAACCAUUUGGAACUUAUACCCAUAAAAAAGUCAUCAGGCUGCAAAUGGUACAGCCAUGAACUCCUUAAAAUGUCGACUUCUCAAUUUUCCUCAGAAAAUCUUAUUGGAAAAGGCGGUUGUAACCGUGUAUACAAGGGGCUUCUUCCCGAAGGUAAACAAGUGGCUGUAAAGACUUUGAUAUCAUCCAAAGAAGCACGGAAGAAUUUUGCCAUGGAAGUUGAUAUAAUGACCACGUUAAAGCACAAAAGCAUCACACCAUUGCUCGGUAUUUGCGUAGAAGAUGAUCAUUUAAUAUCGGUUUAUGAUUUUUUGUCUACUGGAAAUUUAGAAGAGAAUUUACAGAGAAAUAUGAGGCAAAACUCAAUGCCAUGGGAAGUAAGGUUCAAAAUAGCCGUUGGGAUUGCAAAAGCACUGAAAUACCUACAUGAUGAAUGUCCAAGGCCAGUCAUUCAUAGGGACAUCAAGUCUUCAAACAUUCUUCUCACUGAUAAAUUAGAACCUCAGUUAUCUGACUUUGGAUUGGCAAUAUGGGGACCAGAAACGGAAUCUUUCCUAACGGUUAGCGAUGUAGUAGGGACUUUUGGCUAUCUUGCUCCUGAGUAUUUUAUGUACGGGAAAGUUAGUGACAAGAUUGAUGUAUAUGCUUUUGGCGUGGUUUUACUAGAAUUGCUAUCAGGGAGAAAACCAAUUGGAUUCGAGACUCUGAAAGGCCAAGAAAGUUUAGUCAUGUGGGCAAGGCCUAAACUAGAUAAUGGGGAUUUAAAGAGCAUAUUGGAUCCAAAUUUGAGUGACAACAUUGAUGAGGCUCAAAUGCGUAGAAUGGCUAGAGCAGCAACUCUCUGUCUUAAACAAGCAGCACGGCUACGUCCCAGAAUGUGCCAGAUACUGAAUAUCUUAACGGGGGAGGAAUUCGUGAAUGAAGACGUAAAAUCCCAGUUUGACAAUGGGUACGAAUCAGAAAUCGCAGAUGACAAUGAUGAUGAAGUUUAUCCAGAUUCAACUGUAGAGUCCCAUCUAAGUCUCGCGUUUCUUGAUAUAAACGAUAGUUCUACAUCUUUCAGCAGUCAAGAACAAAGAAGCCCUCUUUGUGAUGAAGAAUACUUCAAAAUAAGAUGGAGUAGAUCAUAG